GGUUAGUUCUGGCCGCGCAGCUCCACCCGACGGGCGGCCAACCUGCAGGCAACGAGGAGAGAGAGAGAGCGGCGCUCCCCCCGCCAGUUGCCUCCUGGCCCCCACCCCGUCUCCCUCGGACCAGCCGCCAGCAGUGGGGGACGAAGGCGCGCCUCCGCGGGGCGCAGUUGGCGGAGAGGCCCCGUAUGCAUCCGGCAGCCUCGGCCGACAGCCAUGCUUGCCAACGCAGCCACGAUGCGGAUCCUCAUCAAGGGGGGGAAGGUGGUGAAUGACGACUGCACGCUGGAGGCCGACGUCUACAUCGAGAACGGCCUCAUCCAGCAGGUGGGCCGCGAGCUCAUGAUCCCCGGCGGGGCCAAGGUCAUCGAUGCCACCGGCAAGCUGGUGAUCCCAGGGGGCAUCGACACCAGCACCCACUUCCACCAGACCUUCAUGAACGCCACCUGCGUGGAUGACUUCUACCAUGGCACCAAGGCUGCCCUCGUUGGGGGCACCACCAUGGUCAUCGGGCACGUUCUCCCGGACAAGGACAUCUCCCUGCUGGAUGCCUACGAGAGGUGCCGCAGCCUGGCCGACCCCAAGGUGUGCUGUGACUAUGCCCUGCACAUGGGCAUCACCUGGUGGGCCCCCAAGGUGAAAGCGGAGAUGGAGACCCUGGUGCGGGAGAAGGGGGUCAACUCCUUCCAGAUGUUCAUGACCUACAAGGACCUGUACAUGCUGCGGGACAGUGAGCUCUACCAGGUCUUCCGGGCCUGCAAGGACAUCGGGGCCAUCGCCCGCGUCCAUGCUGAGAAUGGCGAGCUGGUGGCCGAGGGGGCCAGGGAGGCGCUGGACCUGGGCAUCAACGGUCCCGAGGGCAUCGAGAUCAGCCGGCCGGAGGAGUUGGAGGCUGAAGCCACCCACCGCGUCAUCACCAUUGCGAACCGGACUCACUGCCCCGUCUACCUGGUCAACGUUUCCAGCAUGUCGGCCGGGGAUGUCAUUGCCACUGCCAAGAUGCAAGGCAAGGUUGUGUAUGCAGAGACCACCACGGCACACACCACGCUGACGGGCUUGCACUAUUAUCACCAGGACUGGUCCCACGCCGCGGCCUACGUGACGGUGCCGCCCCUGCGGCUGGACACCAACACCUCUACCUACCUCAUGAGCUUGCUUGCCAAUGACACUGUGAAUGUCGUGGCCUCCGACCACCGGCCGUUCACCACCAAGCAGAAGGCGAUGGGCAAGGAGGACUUCACCAAGAUCCCCCACGGCGUCAGCGGCGUGCAGGACCGCAUGGCCGUCAUCUGGGAGCGCGGAGUGGUGGGGGGCAAGAUGGACGAGAACCGCUUUGUGGCCAUCACCAGCUCAAACGCUGCCAAGAUCCAUAACCUCUACCCUCGCAAGGGGCGCAUCAUCCCGGGGGCCGACGCAGACGUGGUCGUGUGGGACCCAGAGGCCACCAAGACCAUCUCGGCCAGCACCCAGGUCCAGGGCGGCGACGUGAACCUGUACGAGAACAUGCGGUGUCAUGGUGUUCCGCUGGUCACCAUCAGCCACGGGCGAGUGGUCUACGAGAACGGCGUCUUCAUGUGCGCAGAGGGCACCGGCAAGUUCUGCCCGCUCCGUUCCUUCCCAGACUCUGUCUACAAGAAGCUGGUGCAGCGGGAAAAGACUUUAAAACUUAAGGGCGUGGACCGCACCCCGUACCUGGGGGACGUAGCCAUGGUGGUGCACGCUGGGAAAAAAGAGACGGGGACGCCACUUGCAGACACCCCCACUCGACCUGCCACGAGACACGGGGGCAUGAGGGACCUCCACGAGUCCGGCUUCAGCCUGUCCGGUUCUCAGAUCGAUGACCAUGUUCCAAAGCGAGCUUCGGCCCGGAUUCUCGCUCCCCCCGGAGGCAGGUCUAGCGGCAUUUGGUAGCUGCCCCCCAGACUUGUCCCCCAACUAAGGACCCCACGGCCAGCCUCACUUGCCCGGCUGCCACCCACACCCCGAGGGCCCGAGGCGGCCACACCUUUCACCGGAGCGCGUGACACCAGCGAGCACUUCCCUGCCCUGCUGCGCCCAAGGCCACGUGGACUGACACCCCCAGGAAUGGGGCUGAGAGGGCGGGGCCCGCGCCCCCCUCCUCGCCCCAUGGCUGCGCGGACAGGCAGGGUGGUGGCGCACCCAAGGAGGGCCUGCUUCUGUCUCUGGGUUCCUAGUGGAGGGCGGAACACCCCCCAGUGCCGUGGGGCUGAGGGGAGGCUGGCCUGGGGGGUGGGGCCAGGGGGCCUUUCUGUGCCGGAUCCUUUCUGUUUUGCACGUUGGGUUUUUGGAUCAGUGACAUUUUGGCUUGUUUGUGCAUCACGUGGAAGAAAUUAAUGAAAUAAAGCUACUUUAGUGUGACUAGCGUUAGGAUAGAAGACGUAGCGGGAGGGCUGGGCUGGGCUGGGCUGGGCCGGGGUGGGGGGUGCUGAGCUGGGGGGCAGAGCUCCCCCCCUUCAAGGCCAGCUGAGUCGGCCCAGCACUGCCAGAGAGAGUGGGGGAGCCCCCUCCCUCCCUCCUUCCCUCCCUCCCUCCCGGGGGCUGGAGGCCUUCUGCAUAUUCUCCCCCCACAGCCCCCCAGAGGGCCCUGGGCUGGGCCAGGCAGGCAGGCCCCUCUCCUUCCCAGAGGCGAGGCAGUGGGCGGGGGGGGGGGCAGAAGAGGGAGCUCUGCCGGCUGCUUCCCAAGGAGAGGAGUCGCCAGAGGCAUCCGCCCCCCCCCACAGGAUCCCAGCCCCUCAGCGGGCUCUCCUCGGAUGUGGGGGGCCCUCUGUCAUCGGCAGGGGAGGGGCUGCUUCCUUCCACAGCCCCCUCCGCUCCCCACCUCGCAAGGGGAAGUGGGGGGGAGGGGGCCCCCGCCGCCCCCGCGGUGGCUCUGCCUGUUGCUGCACAAGCCACCCCCACCCCGUGUCCUCGGCUCGGGAGCAAGAGGUGCCCUCAGAUGCUGCAGGGGGGCGGGUGUCCUGAGAGAGCAGGCCGCUCUGCCACCGCCCCCCCCACUCCAUGGGAAGGUGCUAAGCCCCCCCACACCCCCGGCGCACUGGCUGGGCCCCUGGAGCUCCCGCCCACCCUCGCCCACCCGGCCUCCCUCUGGAGUAGCGUGAAAUGUGAACUGUUACCUGUGCACUUUCCCCCCACUAGUUGGUACCCGUAGGUGUGUGAGGUGGUGGGCACAAGGGAGGGGGAGGAGGGGGGGGAGUCCCCGGAGUGCCUCGGAGGACUCGGCUCCCAGCCCGGCCCGGCCCGCUUCCUUGUUGGCCUUGUCUUGUCAUGGCGGUGUUAGCGACUGCAGUGCAUUUCUGUUUCCUCAUUAAAGGUUGUUCUCCUGG